AUGGAGCUCCUCCCCCAUCGCCCAAGCCCCGUCCGCCUGCCACCGCGGGGCCGAGUGCCUCCCGUCCCUAAUACGGUGCAGUUCCCCACCCUACUUCUUCCCCAUAUGAAGGAGCUGAACUUCAUGUGCCCACGGCGUUGGCCGUCCCUUACCCGUUCAAAUACGUUGGGGUUGGAAUUUUUCCUCUCCUCCUCUACUCUGUUCAAGUUCAAGAUCAUUGGGUGA